AUGUACUUUGUGAUUGAGCAGUGGAAGAAUAUUGGCAUAAAGCCUAGCCAACUGGGCCCAAACUAUCAACAAUGCAUAGAAGAAAUGCUAAGAAAUGAAGUGGAAGGACAUUGUACUGCAAAAUUUGGUUAUGUCGUUUGUGUAAUUCGCAUUGUUCACUGUGAAUCUGGGAGGGUUCAGGAUGGGACAGGUAUGAUCAUUGUCAGUGUCAAAUACCAAGCCAUUGUAUUCAAACCCUUCAAGGAUGAGGUCUUAGAUGCAAUUGUCACUGAUGUAAACAAAUUGGGAUUUUUUGCACAAGCGGGACCGCUAAAAGUUUUUGUAUCAAAAAGUUCUAUAGCACCUGGUUAUGCUUACCAAGAUGAUGCGUCCCAACCUUGUUUUUCAGAUGGAACUUCGGUGAUUCGCUCACAGACCGAGAUUAGGAUGAGAUUGCAGGGUAUCAGGUAUGAUAAUUCGAAUAUGUUCGCUAUCGCUACGAUAAAAGCUGAUUAUUUGGGCCCCGUUGAAAAUGAUGGGGUUGGAACGACACUGUAA